GCACACCUGGUAGUUUAACCCGGACCCCGCAUAGGUUGCUUUGUCCCGAAGGCUGGUCUCGAAGUCGUCAACGAAGUCACGUAAUUACAAUGGAGACUCUGGCGAAAAUCUACAUCAUGCUUUUUUAUUUCAGUGGAAAUGUAAUGCCUAAGAUGCUUGGGGGCUUUACCCACACAUUACCACAAGACACAACGAGCGGCCCCUUGGAAACUGCCGAUCCUAUUGUUCAUGGCAGUAUAUUGUCUUCGCUCUUGAAAGCGUUGUCAGAGCAUGAUUCCUGGGGAGAUUUUCACAAACUAAAACCUGAAUCGAAAUACGUCCAGUACAUGAAAAGACUCUACAGGGUAUCUUCAAAACAAAAGCGGGGUCUUGACGGGACAGCAAGCCAUCUGUACAACACCGUGAGACUGAUUACUCCUCGAGAUGAAUGCCUUGAACAAAACAAAGAGUUUUCUAUGCAAGAUCUGUCCUACAACCUUGAUCGUGUCAGAGUGCAGGAGCAGCUGCUGAAAUCAGUCCUCCUCUACUCCUUUGACAAAGACCAGGUGACACCUUCCGCUUCAGUCUGCUACUUGGACGUUAGAGAACAAGAGCAUGCCAAACAACAGCUGUGCCCCAGUAGUCACCAUUCUGUUAGCUUUCACGUCCAAAGAGAGAGGAGCCGCCGCCGGAAAUGGGUGGAGGUUGACAUUACUGACUUCCUUCGCCCCCUUGUCAAGUCCCAAAAGAAAAACAUCAACCUGCUAAUCAACUUGACUUGUGUGGGAGAUGGAAUACCUGACAGGGGCAGCUUGGAUCGCAGAGGUCCUGUGGAACUCACUCUCAGAUCGCCUUCUCUCCUGUUGUACCUCAAUGACACGAGUGAGCUGGCUUAUCAGAGAUGGCCCACUGUGGCCAGGUCGGAAGGCUCGAUGCCAAGUCUGCUGACGGGCUCUUACGAGAGUCAUGCCGAGCAUGAGCUUCAGAAAAGGACCGCGAGGACCAACCGCCGGAGACGGAACUUGCCGAAAAACGAAGUGGCUCAGCCACAUGCGCCAGCCAGCCCUGUGGACCACUCUUUAAGGUUUGAGUUCCCAACCGAUGACUGCGACUUGUAUGAUUUCAGAGUGAGCUUCAGCCAGCUCAAACUAGACCACUGGAUCAUAGCUCCUCACAAAUACAACCCCCGCUACUGCAAAGGCAUCUGCCCAAGGGCUGUGGGAUUCAUCUAUGGCUCCCCUGUGCACACCAUGGUGCAGAACAUCAUUUAUGAGAAGCUGGACUCCUCAGUGCCUAGGCCCUCAUGCGUGCCCUCUGAGUACAACCCCUUGAGUGUUUUAACCAUUGAAAAUGAUGGCUCCAUUGCCUAUAAGGAGUACGAGGAAAUGAUUGCCACAAAGUGUACAUGUCGCUGAACAGUUAUUCCCGAUUAACAUCAUUUUACCCAUAUACAAAGUGAUAAACAUUCAAAAUUUGGAAUU